AUGGCUUCCAGGAAGAAGCAGACAGGGAUGGUACUCGUUAAGGGGGGGGUGUCCACACCUGCAGUGGACCACCUACCUGCAGCGGACCGCCCACCAGCAGCAGAACAUCGGCCUGCAUGCGUUGCUUCUCCUAGACCAGGAAGGACAGGUGAAGGUGGAAUGGCAGAAAGCAGGGCUGCUGAAGUGGGUAAACCCACCAUGAACCUGGUUAGUUUGUCAAGUGACGGCUUAUCACCUGACAGUGUCUGCAGAGGCGUCAGAGUGACGUUGGAGAACAGCAGCAUGUGGAACGAGUUCUUCAGGUGCAGGACGGAGAUGAUCCUGACCAAACAAGGCAGCAGGAUGUUCCCCUACUGCCGUUUCCGUAUUUACGGUCUGCGGCCGUCCAGGAAGUACUCGCUGAUCAUGGACAUUCAGCCUUUGGACAACAGCCGGUACGAGUGGACUGGCAGCAGCUGGCAAGUUUCUGGGGAGGCGGAGCCUCACGUGAAAAGCACACCAUUUUGUCAUCCAGAGUCACCGUCUACAGGUCAAAACUGGAUGCAGACCCCGGUGUCCUUUUACAGACUGAAACUCACCAACAACAUCGCAGACCGGGAGGGCAACGCCAUCCUGCACCCCAUGCAACGCUACCUGCCCCGCCUGCACCUGGUGCAGACCGACAAACCAGUUAAAGACAUUAAGUUGAGCGGUUCAGCCGUCUACACUUUCACUUUCCCUCAAACCGAGUUCAUGGCUGUCACUGGGUACCAGAACCAUCGCUUCGCUCAGCUAAAAGUUGACUACAAUCCGUUUGCCAAAGGCCUGAAGGAGGACAGCUCAGCAAACAAAGGCCUGAAGCUGAACUCCAGGAAAGAUGUCCACAAAGAUGAAAGCACCACAACCAACAUGAAGAAAAGCCUCAAGUCUUUGCUGGCCAACCACAGACCUAGAAGCUCCAAAGCAGCAGACUCUAAACCUUCAACAUCAUGUGGCCUUCAGAAACACUCAACCACAGAAGGAGAUCAGCCGGCUGCAAAGACCAACGAGGAGAGUUCACGGUAAGGUGGAGUUUACUGUCUAAAAUGAACUGAACUGGACUCAAACUAAAGGUAUGGUCCAGACCUGCUCUCUCUGAACAGUCCAAAUAAAGACUGAUUGAUUGAUCAGUGAUUAAAAACACACAUCUCAAAAUAAUUUAACUCAAGAAGUCAAAUUUAUAGUCCAGGUUCAUUAGAAUUAAAAAAAACAAAAAAAACGUCUUUUUAACUCUGAAACAUCAACUUUAUGUAAAUUCAUGUGAACUCUGCUCUCAGUUCUCGGUCGGGGUCCCUCUUGGAGGACUUCCUGUAUGUGUGGUGGAGCUGAUUAGUCUGUGUCUCUGCUGGGGUCUUAGUGAAGUCCAGGUGUCCGUUCUGGUGUCACUCAUCUUCCUCUUGAUGAAACUCCAGAGAUCCUCUGCAGGGUUCAGGUCAGUCCAGUUGACUUGCCAAUCAAGCGCAGUAACGCUGUGGUCAGCAAACCAGUUUCUGGACCCAGGUACCAGGUCCUGCUGAAAAAGGAAAUCUGAUUGAAAGACAGGACUUUGGACCUCCAAGCAAUAGUCCAGGUCUUGUUCUCCUUGGUCCAGCUGGGAUUCUCUGAUGUUGCUCGAUAGCAGGAACCCUUGUAGUCCACUUCCUGACCUGGUCUUUGUGUAGAGGCUCUUGAAACUCUUACUCCAGCCUCAGUCCAGUCCUUGUGAAGAUCUGUUUCUUGGUCUUGUUUUCCCCUCAGUAAACUUUCAUGAAUCUGCUUCAUCCAGACUCUGUGACUUAACAGCCGUGACCAUCUGAGUCUGAUCCUCAUUGGUGGGUGGGCGGGGGUCAGCAGUCUGAACCCGGACUGUGGCUUUGUGUACUGAACCAGAGUCAGAAAAUAAAGGUUCAGGAAACCUUUUAGGGGUUCAGAGUUAAUCAGCUGACAAGAAACGGGACUUUCCCACAAAAUUCUGAUGAUUGAGAUGUUUGUGGAUUUUAGGUUUUAAUGAGCUGUAAUCUGUAAAUAUUUCACACUCUCUACGAUGAAAAAAAAAGAUAUGAAAGAUGAACUUUUUCAGACAUUUAACUUUUUUAGCUCCAUUAAUGAUGUGGAGUUCGCCUCUGACCUUUCAAGAGUUUGUACUUUGUGCACAACUCACAUAAAAAAUACGAAAAAACCAGAAUGAGCGAGUGUGAAGUUUUGUUAAAAAAUAAUUUAAUGUUUUUCAAAUCAUGUAGAGUCUAAAUUUAAUAAAACAAAACAAAGGUCAGAACUGAAAAAUACUUCACUAUAGACAAAAAGUUCUGAUAGAGGAACAACAGAACAGGUAUACCGCUAAAUAAACAUCUGGAGGAAUGAGGUCAAGGUCCAACAGGGUAGUCACAUGACCGGGUCUAAGACGGACCUUCAGAGAGUCUGAGUCCCUCAGAGGUUCAGGACUCUGUGAGAGACCGUGUGAGCGAACAGUUCACUGGGUUCAUACUUCACUGUUCGCUCGCACGUUCCUCAGUGGAUUUCAUCGUCUACAGAACAUCAGAUCUUUCAGAGAAAUCUCUGUACUAAAGGAACCAAAACCAGAACCAAUUAAUGCUGAACAAGAACUCCAGGUUUAGGACCAACAUCUGCAUCCAUCCAGACCAGGACUUCUUCAAGGAAGACCUUCAUAUGAUCCAGGACCACCUUCUGACAACAGCAUGGUUCUGUUGGAGAAGAGUUCUGCUGAAGAACUGGACUGAUGUGGUCCUGACUUGUGCCCCAUUGAAAACAUUUGGAGCAUCAUGACCCCAAAAACAGGACCAAGGAGACCCUGAACUGUGGAGCAGCCGAAAUCCUCAAUCAGGGACAAGAUUUGACUGUCAGACUCCAGAACCCGGUCUGCUGGGUUUUCUAAGGUCUAUAGAACCCGGUCUGCUGGGUUUUCUAAGGUCUUUAGAACCCGGUCUGCUGGGUUCUCUAAGGUCUACAGAACCCGGUCUGCUGGGUUCUCUAAGGUCUACAGAACCCGGUCUGCUGGGUUCUGUAAGGUCUAUAGAACCUGGUCUGCUGGGUUCUGUAAGGUCUACAGAACCCGGUCUGCUGGGUUCUCUAAGGUCUACAGAGGGUUGGUAAAAGAAGAUCUGAGGAAGCUCCAUGAGGAACGUGAACCUGAAACCGUUUUUUUACAAACGUGAUUUUUCAGUUUCAACAUUUAAAAUUGUGGCGAUGAACCUGAGUGACCGGGAAACAGUCUGUCACACACACACACACACACACACACACACACACACACACACACUGGGUCAUGCUGUAUAAUGGUGUGUAAGGGGGGGAUCACCAGUGGCCCCAUGGUACGAUAUUAUCACGAUUCAAUAUAUUGGGAAUUCUACAGUUUUUUUCAUCAGCUAAUUUAUCGUUCGUCUUUCCUUCAUGUUUGUCGUAUUUACGCUGUAUUUUAUUGUCAUGUACCACACCUUGUUCACCUUAUAAAUAUAUUUGUUGCACUGACUUUCUCCUGCUCUAUGAUGUCACCUCUGCCAACCUUUUUUUUUACAUUAUCAUAGUUUUGUCUUCAUAUUAACAACAGAAACAGAAACUUGGUAAACGAGAUGAUCCGAUAAAUCACCAGAGAAAAUAUCACCAUAUUCUGCUGUAUCCGUUUUUUGUCUUAGACUUGACUGUGUCCAGAGUUCUGUUUCAGCGUCUCACCCGUGUCCAUGGUUUGUUUUCUCCAGCUCUCCUCCUUCACCUCCUCAGAAGUUAUUUUCCGAGCUGAUUCGUGAAGCUCACGUUUCUCUACAAAGAUGUAACCUGAAGCAGCUGAGCACCAACGUCUGCCACGGGACCGAGCAGACCACCACCAAAACCAUGACUCAGAAACACAACGGACCAGGGGACGGAAGAUCUGUCACAGUGCCAGCACCGUCUGGACCUGAGAGGAAAGAGAACCAGGACCUUCAGACCUCUGUGGACUGCAGGGCCACCAUGAGACCUGACAGUGCUGCUUCUUCUUCUGUGGACUCAGACCUUGGAAAGAAGCCUGAAGGUCCAUCAGAGGACAAAGUCAAACCGCACAAACGUCCGGUUCCUCUUCCUCUUCCUGCUCUGGCUCUGUUUCUAAAGCAGCACUCCACAAAGGCCAGAAGAACCAAGAGCAGGACUGACCCGCCUCCCCAAGGACCAGAACCUCAAACUCUAUCCAAACCCAAAACUGAUCAAAUGGACCACCUCCCAGACAAGCUCUUCCCUACCCAAACCCUGACUGAUGCUCCUGUUCCAACGGACCCAGACAAACCCAGAACUGUGGAUCCAUCAGUUUCAGACCCAAACAAACCCAGACCUCUAGAUCCAUCUGUUUCAGACCCAAACAAACCCAGACCUCUAGGUCCAUCAGUGUCAGACUCAAACAAUCUCAGAACUCUGGAUCCGUGGAUUUCAGAACCAAACAGACCUAGAACUCCAGAUUCCCUCUGUUCAGAUUCUGGAAGAAGAGGUCCAGAGCUGGCUGAUUUUCCUCCUGUGUCCUGUAGCUCGGAUCAGAACCGGUCUUCCUCAGAACCUUCAUCUCUUACUUCUUCAUCAGUAUUUGCUCCUGGCACUGCUCCCUCAGACCACUCCACCAUGAGGUCCGAUUCCCUGCUCCCGGACCCCGAGUGCUCCUCCUUUAACUUUGAACCUCUAUCCCCGGCGAGUUCUGCUGAGUCGUUACCUUUGUUGCCAGUCUCCUUGACUCUGGACCUGGACCCCACACCUCCAGAACCCCAGAUAGAUCCCCCUGAGGUGUUCCGAGACGGUUCUGCUGCAUCAGUGUUCAAAUGGCACACAGUCCUACCUCCACCUGAGAACUACGACGACUCCUCCACAUUUCAGGCCACACCUCCUACUCUCCCUUUGACCUCAGUGACCUCACCUGUGCUGCCUUCAGAGACCCCGCCCCUCCUCAACCCACAUGACCCCCCCGCGACCCCCCAUGAGGCGUCCCCGUCAUUCCAGGUGAACGAUCAGGUGCUUCCCUUCCCGGCAGAGCUGUCCCCUCUCCAACUGUCACUGUCUCCCACCUUCUCCUCGUUAGACGGAGACGGUUUGUCGCCAACGCCAUCGCUUGCUGACCUUGUGCACUUUUUCUCGAUCAAUGACGACCUGGGGAUCGGCGUGGAGUUCUCAAACUCAGAGACGGCGGCUGCUACCUGUCCUUCUCAGAGUACAGGUGAAGAAGACACACAGGAGGUGUCUCAGCCCCCGCAGGCGGUUCCAGCAAACAAACCCCCCCGCUGCAGGAAGGAGAAUCGCCGACGGAAGGUCCCCAAUAUCGCCAUAGAGACGGACAACUCCACCUACACCCUCAUGAAGCCGAAUCUGGAGGAGGUGGAGGAGCAGUUGUUUAUCUCCUUCACAUCAAAGGUGAGACUCUUACCUGCUCAGUCAUCUACCUGUCUCACCUUACCUGUCUGACACAGUUACUAACAUCAACUAGCUGCUGGUGAAGUUCACUCUGGGGCCUCUGGGGGGCGCUGACUGGUUGUCGUGGUUUAUUAAACUUCUCUCCUUAUUGUAGGAGGCUCUCAAACUGCAUGUCCCAGAGUCUCUGAGGCCAUCAGUCCCUCAUACUCAGACCACACCUGAUGCUCACCUGCAGCCAACUGUGGACUCACCUGAGCUCGGUAAGACUUGGCUUACUUGGUUCUAGCUUCUCUGGAUUGCUAAGCUAAACUAACCCCCAAUUUUCACCGGCUCCUGAACGACUCCGAUCUUUUCACCGUCUACCAAUUCCUACCCGAUCCGUUUGUGAGGCGAAUUUCAUGGCGUAUUACGGACAGCAGUAAUCAGAAGAACUCACAAGAACCCGCAGAUUCACGUUCAAUCUCACGAUAACGAGUUGUCUCUCUAAAGACAGACACAUAGACAUAUAAGCAGUAGAUUGUGUCCUUCCAGAGGAGGAAAUCUACUUCUAGACUUCUAGAAUCAGCAUCUCCUCAUCCAUGGUGUCAUCAGGGUGAAAUGACGUCUAAAAACCUUUCACUUGUUCGUCUCCGCCCGUUUGCAUGGUGUGAAAUACGAUCCUCCUGAAACACGGAGUGUUUUAUUUUGAAAAGAAGCCGGAUGUUUUAUUUUGAAAAGAAGCCGGAUGUUUUAUUUUGUGUCUGUGUCCGACUUCCUUUCCAGCACGGGUUAAUCUGUGCUGAAUUUAUCCGCCAUGCUCCGGCGUCCAGAAAAAAUAGAACUCUUGUGAUCAGCUGAGGAGUCCGGCGAUCGGCAGAGGAACGGAAAGAAGUCGGUGUAAAUCGACACGUUAACUUGAAUGGUUACGAUCAGCUACGAUCGGAGGAUACGACCUUUUAGGAGACGAUCAGGAUGAAGGUGGAGAUUGGGGGUAACUGCACAUGCAGUGACACAAACAGGGUUAAUGCUAGCAUUAGCUUCAUUUACGAUAAUGUUGUUCAUGUUCAGAGGAGACCGUGGACAGUAUGGAGGAGAAGGUGGCGUCUUUUCAGAAGAUUCUCCAGAGAGACCUGAAGCUGAUGAGACACCAACAGGUGAUCCAUCCUGUGCUACAAGAAGGUACGUAACAAUUAGCAUGUUAGCAUGUAAGCGGCAGUCUUCACGUACAAUCCACUAAAAACAAUAAACAGCUGACUCAUGGUUUCAGACUGAGCAGCUGUAUUCGAGUUUUUUGAUUGGUCCCAAUUUCAGGCCUGGUUUGAGUGUUUCUCUGUAUGAAGGUUUGAUUUCUGGUCAGUCAGUGAAACAGUUAAACCUGUUGUCAUGGAGAUGAAACGUUGUGUGAAACAGUGUGUCAAUGAUAACAGAGAAAAGUUAAAUAUCAGUCAGAAGGUCGAAAAAGGUCAUGAGAAAUAUCAGAAAUUUAAAUGAGGAUCUCAGUGACAGCAGCUAAUCUGAUCUGGACUGGUUUAAUCUGAUCUGGACUGGUUUAAUCUGGUUUAAUCUGAUCUGGACUGGUUUAAUCUGAUCUAAACCAGUUUUAAUCCUGUUUAAUCUGAUCUAAACUGGUUUAAUCUGAUCUGGACUGGUUUAAUCUGGUUUAAUCUGAUCUGGAUUUGUGUAAUCUGGUUUCAUCUGAUCUAAACCAGUUUUAAUCUAGUUUAAUCUGAUGUAAUCUUGUUUUCAGUGGGUCUGAAGAUGAACCUGUUGGAUCCGGCUCAGUCCAUAGACCUGCAGUACUUGGGAGUCCACCUGCCCCUCCCCCCUCCUGGAGGAUCGGUGGACCUGCUGAGUCCAGCUCCAAACCAAGGUCUGUACCAUAUCAGGACCUGAUCCAGGUCUAUAUUCAGAUGACUGGAUGACCAUGACCCGGGUCGGUCUUGGUCCCAGACCUGUGAUCGAUCAGCUGAUCUGAGUGUCUCACCCAUGUCUCACCUGUGCAGGUGUGUGUGGCUCCGCCUUCACGUCUCGAACAGGAAAAACUUCAGAUGUCACUCAAAUUAAAGGGUGGAGAGAGAAAUUCAGUCCAACUGAGGCUCCGCCCCCUCCGCCCACACAGGAAGGAGGUAAGACCAGAACAGGAAG